GCCUUAAAUGCUUUUCAAGUCUUACUGGAACAACCGGUACUUGAAUGGAAUGUGGUGAUCAAGUCCUGCACUGUCUUAUUGGUUUCAGAGGGUCUCAUCCAUUUGUACUUGAGUGCGUACACGCGAAUUGCGCAAAUUAAUAGAAGUACAAGCUGCUGCAGGGAGUCUCUGUAUUUGAAGAUGGCUGUCAACAUCCCUGGUCUGAUCGCUGUAAUUGUGUUUUAUAUACUCAUUCUGGCAACUGGCAUUUGGGCUUCAAGAAAAGCCAAGAAAGAAGAGAAGAAAUGCACGGGAAACAAAAGCGAGGUGUCCAUGGUUGGGGGCCGAAACAUGAAUCUCUGGGUUGGGAUUUUCACUGUGACCGCAACGUGGGUUGGAGGAGGUUACAUCAUGGGAACUGCAGAACUAGUUUAUGAUCCAUCAAAGGGCCUACUUUGGGUUCAUGGACUAGUUGCAUUUGCAUUUAACCUGUUUUUUGGUGGAUUUUUCUUUGCCAAACCAAUGAGAGACAAUAACUAUGUAACAAUGAUAGAUCCAUUCCAGCUCAGAUAUGGAAAUGCAUGGACAGUUAUGCUUUGCAUUCCUGCAAUACUGUCAGAAGUAUUCUGGUCAGCCUGCACUCUUGCGGCUUUAGGCGGAACAAUGAAUGUAAUACUGGGUAUUGCACCCUAUCAGUCAAUCCUAAUCUCUGCUAGUGUGGCUAUACUUUAUACAUUAAUGGGGGGCCUGUACUCUGUAGCCUACACAGAUGUUAUCCAGCUCUUCUUGAUAGUUGUCAGCCUGUGGCUGUGUGUUCCAUUCCUCAUGCUAAAUCCAGCUUCUACAGACAUUGUAAACACUGCUGUUAACAACGUAUAUCAAGCUCCCUGGCUUGGGAAAAUAGACCUGACAGACCUAUGGAGAUGGCUAGAUGACUUUUUUCUUUUGGCUCUUUCUGGCGUUUGCUAUCAGUGCUUUUAUCAAAGACUUCUGGCAGCAUCUUCUUCUGCACAGGCUCAAAAAAUGUGCUAUGCUGCAGGAGUGUUGUGCUUUUUCUUGGGUUUCCCGUCUGUGCUAAUUGGUGCAGUAGCAGCUUCAACAGACUGGAACCAGACAAGCUAUGGUUUACCCUCCCCAUAUGAGAAAGGGGAGGCUGGUAUAAUCAUGCCCAUCGCACUGCAGCACCUGUGCCCUGUCUACAUCUCCAUCGCUGGGAUCGGAGCGAUCGCCGCUGUGGUGAUGUCAUCCAUGGACUCCACACUUCUGUCUUCCAGCUCCAUGUUCACCCACAACAUCUAUAAGAAAAUCAUAAGAAAAAAGGCAUCUGACAGAGAACUUGUGUGGGUGAUCAGAAUUUCUGUGCUUUUCUUUGGAGUUCUUGGCAUUUGUCUUGCUAUGACAACCUCUUCAGUUUAUGGAUUGAUGUUCAUGAGUGAAGAGCUAAUAUAUUGUACCAUUUUCCCUCAACUUGUUUCUGUCCUUUUUAUCCCAGUGUCAAAUGGCUACGGUUCACUUGUGGGAUACGUGGUGGGAGUGACAUUGAGACUUUUAGGGGGUGAUUCAUUCUUCAAAAUCCCUCCUGUUAUUCCCUACCCAGGCUGCACACUGGUAGAUGGCGUCUAUGUGCAGCUCUUUCCAUUCAAAACCUUGACUAUGCUGCUUUCUCUGUUCAGUAUUAUUUCUGUCUCCUAUCUCACAUCACUGUUGUUUAAACGGGGCCUGUUGCCCGAAAAGUGGGAUAUUUUUGAUAUAAGUAAAAAUACGGACAUUAUUCUGAAAGACGUGAAAGAAUCAGACAAAGAAACUGAACUAUCACCUAUUAACAAAGAAGAUGAUGUUGGGGAAAUUGAAAAUCAAGCAUAAAUGGAGUGAUGCAGUGGGCUUAAUGGUAAAUCUCCUAGUGCUGGUCAGUUACUUUUUUUUUUUUUUUUUUGUCAAAAAUGACCCAAAGAACCGUCCUCUUAAGGCUGUAAUUGUUUCACGGGAUGUUCUGAAAAAUAUCAUAUGAAGAGUCUGUUUUGGAUUCAGUAAUUACAAUAACGAUGUUUGUGAGAUGUGAUGAAAAAUAAAGCAUUAAUGGACAGAAAGAGUUACAUGGGCAAUUCCAUGAUAUAGUGACUGUGACCAUGAAGAAAAAAGUUUCAUAUUUAAAAAAAGACAUUCAUCUCUAUUUUUACUAAAGUGUGUAUUUAUGCAUGCUGUGUUUAGUUUCUCGGUUUGUACUUUCUUUACAACCAUUUAAAGGUAGUUUAAAAAAAACCAAACCAGACAUUCGGUAAAUACACCUUUUGUUCUGUAACUAGACUACAGAUCGGCUUCUAUGUUGUUGCAAAUGUACACACCGUUCCAGCUAUAUAUUAUGUUUUAAUUGUUGGUAAAAUACAUGGGGUUUCCAUGCAAGUGUUUUUUUUUUAACUCGAGACAUUUACACAAGAAAUGUCUUGUGUAAAAUGCUUUUUUGGGUUUCCAUUCGCUCAGUUUAUUUUACUCAAGUCAUGCAAAUGAAUGGGAAAGGUGGGGGUUGAUUUGUAAAUUAGCUAUUCAUAAAGUACUCAUGCUGUUUUUGAAGAUUACUAGUGACAUUUUGUGAACAUGUGGUUUCCAUGCGCAGAGAACUGGUACACGAGUGAAUCUAAGCUGCUGUAAUAAAGCAAAAUACCCUGUGCCUGCUUGGUUAAUAAUGUGUUUUAAUGCCUUGACCAAAUUGUUUUUCAAAUGUCAGGUGGGUUGGCUUGUCGUUAGUAUUGAAUCUGGUUUCAACUAAUUUAUCUGACGACUCAUUAAUUAAAAAUUUAUUCUGAGGUAUAAAAUGAAUCUGACCAACACAGGUAUUACAGAUAUACCAUGGCUGAAAACCAACAAUACAGCAUAUAGGGGAUCAGGUGAUGCUGCGUAUACUACCCUGGCUUAGAAACCCUACCCAUCUGGACGGCUGACAGCUGCUGAGGAAGCAUUCAACACCACGUCGGUCAAGAGUCCAGAGCCCUAACCACUACACACUGCUGCCUAAUACUA